CCCUCCCUCGCUGUUAAGAUGGCGCUCUCCAGAGUGUAUUUGCUUCGGGUCGCUCUGUGGGGCUCAGCGAUCACCUCUGGUCCUUUUGUCUCUCGGAGGCUGCAGCUUGGUUGCUCUGGCCUAGUCUUGGGGGCCCCUCGGUCUUCAAAGCUUCAUCUCUCUCCAAAGGCAGAUGUGAAGAGCAUGAUCUCUUAUGUGGUGACCAAGACGAAAGUGAUUAAUGAGAAAUACCAUCGUUUCUUGGAUCGUAAUUUCCCCCGCUUCUAUGUCUUGUACACAAUCUUCACGAAAGGAUUGCGGAUGUUAUGGGCUGAUGCCAAGAAGGCUAGAAGAAUAAAGGCAAAUAUGUUGAAGCACAAUAUAAAGUUUCAUCAACUUUCAUACCGGGAGAUGGAGCAUUUGAGACAGUUCCGCCGAGACGUCAUCAAGUGUCUUUUCCUAGGUAUCAUUUCCAUUCCACCCUUUGCCAACUACCUGGUCUUCUUGCUAAUGUACCUGUUUCCUAGGCAACUACUGAUCCGGCACUUCUGGACCCCAAAGCAACAAGCUGAUUUCUUAGAUAUCUAUCAUGCUGUCCGGAAGCAGUCCCAUCCAGAAAUCCUUACUUGUUUAGAAAGGACUAUCCCUGUCAUUUCUGAUGCAGGACUCCGGUGGCAUCUGACAGAACUGUGCAGCAAGGCACAGCGUGGUACUCAGCCAGCAGUAAAUGAUAUCCUAGUUCUGAGAGAGUGUUUCUCUGACCAUCCUCUGGGCAUGAACCAUCUCCAGGCUUUGCAACUGAAAGUCUUGAGCCAGGCCAUGCUUCUCACACCUCACCUGCCUCCUUUCUUGUUGAGAAGCCGUUUGAAGAAUCAUACCACUGUGAUUCAUCAACUGGACAAAGCUUUGGCAAAGCUGGGGAUUGGUGAGCUGACUUCUCAAGAAGUGAAAUCGGCUUGUUAUCUCCGUGGCCUGAAUUCUACCCAUAUUGCUGAAGACAGAUGUCGAACUUGGCUGGGAGAAUGGCUGCAGAUUUCCUGCAGCCUAAAAGAAGCUGAGCUGUCCCUCUUGCUGCACAACGUGGUCCUGUUUUCCACCAACUACAUUGGAACAAGGCACUGAGUGAACCAUGGAGUGGAUGGCAUUGUCCCACAGUCAUGUAAUACAGCAGCGUGGGACCAAGCGGCACUUAUCAGCAGAGUCUGUGUGCAGUGUUAGCUGUGUGGGAGGCAGGGGAGCAGGUGCCACAGCCCUCAGUGUGGUACCCAUAUGAGAGCUACGGACAUUCCCCUUAGCUGGAGCUGAAACAAACCCUCUGACCAGGGGUGGCCCAUGUGAAGUGUCAUCCCAACUUCCUCACAAUUGGCCAGAGUUGGCAACAGCUCGUGUACUGGGCUUUUAGUGUGAUGUGUAAAGUUCAGGUCCUAGGAAGUGAGUUGCCCCAGGUGGGAAUUCUUAUUUGACCUGGGACCCAUCUACUGCCAUAUUCUUUACAGCCGUGUUUUUUUUGUGGGCGGAGGGGUGGGCAGGGUUAGGAAAGGGUAAAGAUAAUUUCUGGCUGGUAGGAGCAGCACUACUUCAGCUGGUGCACUUACAUGUAUGCAUGUAGUUUGAUACUCUCCUCAUGAUAUGACCAAAAGUAGGGACUUUAUUUUGUCCUCACUGGCAUGGGCUAACCAUUCCGUUUCCUUUUCAAAUCCUUUGACCUUUAAAGUUGACGUUAACUUAAAAAACAAACAAAAAACAACUUCUGGGAACAUUUUAAUGGAAAAGAUAAAAGGAAGCACAAGUGCUACUUGACCCCUUCUCCAUUGUUUACAGCCUUUGCUCCCCUUGUCUUAAUUUCUGGGCUGUAGCACAGCCCCUGUGAAUCUUAAACUCUUUGCUACCUCCACUGUGUUGCAGCAAUCCAACUGUAACUGGCAGUGGCUGCCUUCUUUGAGCCAUGGAUCCGUCCCGUAAGGUACUAUAUUACUGCCUGCCUGGGGAGCCCAGGAGAGGUCUGCAUCAAGAUAGUAAGUUAGGUUCAGCAUUUGUAUGUAUACAUCAGUGACUUGCAGUAACUUAUUGUAAAUGCAUGAAGCACUGUCUUUAAACCCAAGUAAAGACUGACUGAAACUAGUUACUGGAAAUUACUUAUGCACACUCUAAGUACUUUGCUAAGGCUCCUUUUACAAGACUGACAUAACCUAACUAAUGGGGAGACAACUGGUUGAAGUAGAACCUUCUGAUGGGACGGCAGUUAUGAAGAAACUGAUCUGAAGCUGGUCCUCUUGAUGGGCAUCUUAAGAUGUCCUAAUAGGAAUGGAGAAUUCCAUAUAUAAUAAUGAAGUUAAUGGAAUUAACUUCAGACAGGGCAAAGCUCCAACAGGGCAGGAGCGAGGCCUGCUUCAGCUGAAGAGCUCUUGAUGCUCCAAAAAGAGUAUUUUUCCAUCCUAAAAUGUUUUUAUUGUUAACAUUAAUCCCUAACUGGCCUAACUACUUUUAUAUGCAGAGCUAGAGAAGCAUCUUUUCUCUAACAAGUAAUUGAGCUGUGGCCUGCCAAGUAAAGAAUCACACACCAUCCUUUUGAAUAUUUCUUUAAUAUUACAUUUAAAUAUUCUCUUUAAAUACAGCAUUAUCACAAUGUAAAGGACCUAAAGGCAAAGAAAAAUUUUUUUUUCAGAGAACCAGACAAGCUUUGGAUUCACACUGAAAAUACUACCUGUAUACAGUAUGUGAGAAAAGAAACUGGAAAAUAAUAAGGGUUGCAAAGUCAUUUCUUUUAUCUAGGCCCAACGGAACAGAACUGAAGCUAUCUGCUUCUGUGAUCAGAGGGCUAGCCUCCUAGCAACCAUGAACUAUAAUUCUCCUAUCCAACUCAGAUAGCACCAGAAACGAGAUGGACUAGGUUUAGAAAAGGCCCUUUGCUUGACAAGAUAGUUACUGCUAAAUGUUAAUAUUUACCGUUCAAAAGCUUGGGAUCAGUGUGAGUCAGAACUGUAGUUAAUGAAGGGAUGGACUUACAUUAAGAAAGUUUUUCAGAAAAAUCAAGUAUCUUGCGGGUUGAGAAUUGGUUUAGUAAUUACAGAUUCAGACUCCUGGACUGAUCCCAAAGGCUAAUGUGUCUCUCACCGAGCAGCUAGAAUCUACUUUCCUAGAUUAGAAGGGAGCCUUCCUGAGGAGGGACUGUGUGUGGAGAGCUCGCACUCCCCUUCCAACACAAACUUUCAAAAAGAUUCUUUUCUCCCUAGAGCAAAGUGAAUUCGCAGUGAAGCUUCAGUCUUGUAUUGGAGGGUACCUGGCUAAGAUGGGGGGAGUGUAGCUCAGUUCAAGAUAGUAUCUAGAUCUCAGGUACUUAGACUGUCUUUCAAUUCUGUUUUGUGAGGCCUGGGGAUGGGGAGAGAUAAGGACCUAUAUACUUAAGAACUCCCCUCUAAACAAAAAAACAAAAACAGGAAUAGAGGGGCAGAAUGGGUUAAGAGAUGUUAUCUGUAUUAAGUACAAGGCCUUUCAGACUCAGAGUAUAGAGAUUUUAUAGGUGGAAUGCUGCAACAUACAUGAAGGUUGUUUUAAGACACCAGGGCCUUAAUAUCCCACAAGAAAAGGCUUUAUGGGCAAGAUAAGUAGGAACAGUUAUUCCCACCAACCAAAAAAAAGAAAGUUUUUCACUUUUUUCCUUCCUGGUUAAUAAACCAUACCAGAAGUGAAGUACAGUAUGAAGGAUGAUAAUACUGUUUUGCUCCCUACUGCCCCCAUUUUAAAACAGAGGCAAAGAUAACUUUGCUAAUAAAAAAGAAUUAAGCAGUAUUUGAUGGAACAGAUCCUAGAAUAUAAACUGGACGUAAGAGGAACAGAAACCAUACACGCCCCCAACAGAGAUAAGAACUGAAUUCAAGUCCCAUUUUAUAGACUUCAAAGAUUAUUUUCAGAACUUAUGUCCUCUGGAACUAGGGGGUUGUAUGUGGCAUUUAGGAAUUGGUUUGGCCUCCAAUUUUUAUUCUGUCAUCAAGGCAGAGGGGUCCACUAAACAGCUGUAGUUCUUGGGGGUGAGCUGGAAUAGUGUGAGAAUUCUCUAACCUUGUACAUCCAAGAAGGACCAGGAGGGUAGGUACAGAAAAAAAGAACAAAAACUAGUUGUUGACUUUGAUUUGCCAUAUCCUACAGUCCAUUAAAGCUCAGAUCUCUCAAAAAGGGAAAAAAAACCUGGCUGAAAAAGCAAGCAUGGCACAAAUAAAGCCGUCUUCUUUCCAGACAGCAGCCUGUUCCUGCUGCCUCCUUUGGAUAUAGUUAAUGCUCCAUAUAAUCCUCCCAUGGGAUGUGUGAGCCCCAACCUAAAGCUGCCUCACAGAGCUAGUGUUAGACAUAGAGAAGAGUCAAGCUCUUUACACAUCUGCAUCCAAUCUAGCUCCUUUUCGCCAAAAAAAAAA